AUGUCUGAGAUGUUGAACACUGGCCAAAUGCCACGCAUUCGAAUUGGCAACUCAGCUCGACGACCCAGUGCCAAUCUGACUGGUGGACCGCUACAUCGGCUAACACAGCUGCAAAUGCUGGCUUACAACACCGAUCUCUACAGAAAUUUCUCAUCAGCUUCUCGAUCUCCUCAUGGGAUUGCCGGUAUUUCGGUUCUCGUCGAUAGUGUUCUUGAGGCGUUGGCAGAAAAGUUGCAUCGCCAGUUUAAAUCAGAAGGGCAACGAGUGGAAUUAGCUGAUCUUGAGCCGUGGCAACUACUACCGUACACUCGAGAUCUUGUGACGUACGAGGGCUCGAUGACGGCUCCAGGAUGCCACGAAACGGUGACAUGGAUCAUUCUGAAUCAACCGAUUCACAUCACUAAAGAUCACAUGGCCGAAUGGGGCAAAAUGGUACAGACGACGCAGAAGAGCGAAGAACCGCAAUUUCUGGCGCCAAACCGACGAGCUGUACAGGAGUUCAACUCGAGGCUCGAGAAGAAAGAGUGCAAGAUGGCGAUCCCGAAGGUGAUGUACAAAAGUGUCAACGGGCCACCACCGCCAUCAGUUACUACUAACAAGCAUCGCUUGAGGCAUGCACACUCACAGAAGACGCACGACGAGGACUUCUUGUGA